AUGCCCACUCGGGCAUACCUAGGUGAGUUAAAAUCUCUGAUAGACGAAGAUGGAAAAAUAGUUCUUAAAAAGAAAAGGAAAAUCACUGGAGCUUCUAUAGAAAAAUCCCUACCAAAUCUGAAUGGUAUCAAAUUGAUUAAUUUUAAUGCUGAAAAGGAUGGCUAUAAGGGCGAAGAGCCCGUCUAUCUGACAGAAAACAUAAAUAUGGAUAAAGAUGCGCUUAAAAAAUUAAUUUCGGAUUAUAAUUUCCGAUGGUUAUUUGUAAAUGCCAAGGAUCCCAGCAAAAACAUUCUAAUAACUACUAAAAGCAUAUGCGAAAUGACUCUGAAAAAUGUUAUAAAAGAAGAAAAACCAAAAGAAAAUGAGCAUGCGUCCCUUAGCAAUCGCACAGCAAAAAACGGCUAUAAGGUUUAUAUUAGAAAGUAUCAAGUAAAUACAGACCAAAAUGAUAAUUCCUACCUUCUAUUCACUAAUGAAAAGAAAGAAAUACAAUAUGUAAUUAAUUCAGAGUGCCAUGUACUGCAAAACAGCGAAAACCAGCAAUUUAAUUCGGAUCUAGGCAUUCUUCAGAAGAAGAAUCUGAUUUGGGAUAGUGUUAUUACAAUUGGUAUGGUUUCUGGAGAAAAGGAAUUUAUAUCUAUAAAGGGCUUAAAUGAAAAAUCAGAAAAGGUUUUGGGUGUAGCAAGCUUAACUUCUGAGACAACACAAAUGCUUCUAAAUAGACUUUUCUCUAAACCCGAAAAUUUAUCAAAAGAGAUGCAAAGAGACGCCAUGAUCUAUCAAAUGAAUCUUUUUUUGAAUGAGAUAAAAACAUCUGCUUUUAGAAAGCUGUUCUAUGCAUACCAACUAUUUAUUGGAGAGAAAUUCAAUACAUCCUUGGAUCAAAUAUGGGACUGCUUAGUGAAAAAAUAUAGCUAUUAUAGUGAUAAAAAUACGACUGAUAAGCAUAAUUAUAGUCUUCAAUAUACCACAACCAGCGAUAUAAAGCAGGCAUUAUCGGAUGCAAUUGAAAAUUACAUCAAGUACCCAGUAGAAGGCAGCAUGCUCACUUUAAAAGUUGGCCCUAUUCUGGAAUUAUUAGUAAGUAAAGUAGAAGAAAGCCCAAAUAAGAGACAAGAUGAACUUAUUUGGUUUAAGUCUGCCAUGAAAGAAAUUAAAUUUGUCAAAUCACAUGAAAUUUUACACGCGCCAGUGAUAUUUAUCAUUGAAACCUGCGCAGAUAAGAGUAUGAAGCUUUCUAUUUACGGAGAAAACAGCGAAUGUAUAUACAAAUCAAAGGAAAAUAAAGGAAAAGAUACUAAACAUCAAGAAACAAAUACCAUAAAAUCAAUACUCUCAAAUAAUUGGACGGAUAAAGAACUCUUGGCUGCCGACAGAAUUCCAAUUAAUGAUGAAUCUUCUAUAUUCAUUUUCCAGCUGUUAAGAGAAUUGAAUGAUUCUAAAUACGCAAAAAAGCAAAUAUCUGGACUAUAA